AUGUGGGAGCGAGCUAUCAAAUACGCCGUCGUCCAUAAAUUGACACAUCUAUCUCUCGUUGACAGCUACGAUGAAUUCUCAUCAUUGGCGAGCAGCGCAAGUAGCUCUGAUAAUAUGCUGUAUAUUUGGGCCAUUGUCGAACAUCGGUUUAUUAGUUCAUUGCAUUCCCAUGGAGGGUGUGCUUACACCUCUGGACUCCAACGUAAUGACUAUCCCCAGCGUGAUUACUCCCUUGAGAACCGAGGUAACAAAAACCCCCAGGGAAUCAAAACGACCUGCGAUUUGCUUGGAGGUAGAGGAAAAUUUAGCGAAAGGUGGGGUCCUCAUCUUCUCUGGAUUGGAGUCUCUAACAGUGGCAAUAGCAAAAGACUCACCCUCGCGACGUUUUCAGAUCGUGUGCUUUCCGGAUUGGAACCCGAACAGAAGAUGGAGAACGGUGAAAAAAAGCCAACAGAAGUUCAAAUCACUAGGCCUCCCGCAUUGGACCAUCAAAAGACCAUAGCGGAUUUCCAAAAUGCUAAGAAAAAAUUGAUGUAUUUGGACUUCGAUGGUACCAUGGUGAAAUUUCAAUCACGGCCCCAUCAAGCUGUUCCCAGUGAAGCUCUACUUGAGGUGCUAGAUAAGCUCGAGAAAGAUUUAACCACAGAAGUGGUUAUAAUCUCUGGAAGGGAUAAAGAUUUUUUGCAGGAGCAAUUUGGACACUAUCCCUCAUUUCAUCUUUCCGCGGAGUACGGGGCGCUGUGGCGAAAACCGGGCGAGGCAUGGGAUCAGGCGGAAGGUUUGGCCGAUAAGCUGAAAUGGAAGGAUAAUGUCAGGGGCUUGAUGGAUACAGUGGUGAGAGAGCACAAUGAAGUUUUCGGGGGCAGAGUUUGGGUCGAGGAGAAAAUGACUGGACUCGUACUUCACUACAGAGAGCUAGAAGAAAGUGACAUAGCUUCAAGGGCACAAGGGCUGAAAAUAGUGAACAAAUUUUUUGAAAACAUGCGAGAGUUAAAAAAGACUGGACAGCUUCCAGACGAUAAACUAAUAGUCGAAAACGACAAUUGCGCUGUGGAGGUCAGAAUGGGCGAGCUCUUCUCCAAGGGACAAAUUGCACAACAGGUUUUGAAAGAUAAAGUUGAUAUUGAGAUGGUGCUUUGCUUUGGGGACUCAGGAUCGGACGAAAACAUGAUGAAUACCCUAUUCCAAAUGCAAAAAGAUUGGCCGAAAUUUCCACCUAUGCUCACCACUGUCCAUGUAGACAACGGGAAAUGGCUCCAAAAAGGGUUCAAAACUAAUGCCCAACAGGUAGCAAAAGAUCCGCAGGAAGUUACCAACCUUUUUCGCGCCUUUUAUGACUUGCCACCUAAAGAUGUGAACCUCAAUUUUGAAAAGAAAUUAGCAGAUGCAAAUUCAAAACAUGCACAAAAGUCAGCUGAGGCAAGUCUAAAACUCACACAAAGAUUAGCAGAUUUAAGGCUCAAUGAUGGUCAGCUGUUAUCAAGAAUCAUCAAUAUUCUUAAAUUCUAUCUUUCUUCAUUAAAAUUUGUAUCAUAUCUUAAUCCUAAAUGAUGAUUUGAUUCAAUAAUCAAUUGGUUCAUAAUUCCAUACAUAUGAAAGUUGUACAACUUUCAUUUCUAUUGUUUA